UUUAGUUUCCCUUCUAUUAUUUUUUGGUUGUUCAGUCCGUUCUUUUCUUCUCUCUCUCCCCCUUCUCUCUCUCUAUGUCCAAGGUACCGGCGGGCGGUAAGGUCGAUGGAGGGGAGCAGAUCUGGGUGAGGGAAACACAAAAACACACACAAAAAAACAGAGUGAUUUGUGAGUGAGAGAUCCGAGAGCCCAUACACACUGAAUUCUUCUCGAUUUUCUCUUUUCCCCCCUGUAACAUCCCGUUUCUUCUGUAUCCCUUUUUGUAAAUCAUCUGUCUUUCAAAGUUUAUUGAUUUUUUGGGUUUGUUUUUUUGGGUGAUUUUUUAAAUGAACAACAAAAAACAAACUUAGAAACAAUUUUAAAUUUUCAAGAGAGCCAGGUGUUUUCAGAACAGAGAUCCAGUUUUUUUCAGCAAAAAAUAAACUUACCCCCUCUCUCUCCACCGUCCGAUGAAUCCUCCGUCGAUCUGCCCGCUGGUAACUUGGGUGAGAGAGAGAGAGAGAGAGAAGGGGGAGAGAAAGAAGAAAAGAAGGGACAGAAGAACCAAAAAAAUAAUGACAAGGAAACUAAAAGGCACCGGCACAAAACACUAAGAAAAAAAAAAUUAACAAAAGUCAGCAGCCAAUAAGCUGCUGAAACGUAGCUCGACUGUCAGCAAGACAGUCGCCUAAGGCGACUAACAUCCUUCUUAAUAUAUAUUCUAAUAGAAGCAUCUAUUUAUUUCCCCUAUAUAAUAAGGUUAUUGUGCUGAAUUUUGAUACUCCUGCCAUAUUGCAACACAUUCGCAAAAUCCCUCUCUCAUGGCAGAAGAAAGGCAGCCAAAAUUUGAAGGCAAAGCCACUGUGAAGCUAGGAGGCCCAACAGCAGAUGAAGUGUGGUCACUCUUGGAGGACUUUUGCAGCAUCAACAAAUGGCGUCCUGGUGUUGAUACGUGCUACCAAGUUGAGGGGGUCCAAGGACAGCCCGGGCUUAUCCGGUACUGUGCCACCACACCAAUGUCAUCAUCCAAGGGUGAUGAGAAGGUGAUCUAUUGGGCAAGAGAGAAGUUAUUAUCAUUUGAUCCGAUCAAACGGUGCUUCAGUUACGAGAUGUUGGAAAAUAAUGCGGGUUUUAAUUCGUAUGUUGCGAUGAUCAAAGUAUUACCAGUCAACGACGAUGAUGAAUGCAAGUGCCAGAUGGAGUGGUCAUACACGGUGGAUCAUUUGGAUGGGUGGACACAUGAAUUUCUGGAUUUUUAUGUCAAGUCAUCUCUCCAAGGGAUGGCAGAGAGAUUGGAGAAAGCUAUCCAGGCUACAGAGUGAAUAUGGACUUCACUAGUACUGUUGUUCAUUUAUUGCUAAAGUUUAUAUGAUAAUAAAUAUUGUGGUGUUUAUAGUGUU